AUGCAAGACGAUGCCCGCUCACCUUCUCCAUCACAAUCACCGGGAGCCAAGCGCGGCGCCGCUACUGGUCCUGAGACGCGCACGUCGACCGGAGCUGUGGCCGUCCGCUCCAUCGAAGGUUGGAUUGUUAUGGCUACCAAUGUCCACGAGGAAGCCAGCGAGGAAGACCUGCAAGAGCUAUUCGGCGAUUAUGGUGAGAUCAAGAACCUGCACAUGAACUUGGAUCGCAGAACUGGUUACGUCAAGGGAUACGUUCUGAUCGAGUUCCCGACACUGGACGAGGCAAAGGCUGCUGUCGAAGGAGUCAACGGUACCAAGCUGCUUGACCAGACCAUCUCUGUCGACUUUGCCUUUGUGCGCCCACCUCCCACUAAGAACACCAACCAGAACCGUGGCGCUCCUGCUCGUGGUGGCAAGUCCAGAAACAGAAGCAGAAGUCCCGGCGCUCGCAGAGAGGAUGAUGACGACGACAUCGAGUAG